UUCCAGAUCCCCUGUGCUUAAGAGUCCCACCAUGACUGAGACAUUCAGUGAGAGGGUCAAGAAUACAAGCAAAGGGACACUAUACUCAAGCUACUCACCAACAAAGACAACCAGAGUGACUGAAAGAACCAUUAGCAGCAGCAACGAUGCUGAGGACAAGCUUUUGACACACUCAUCCCCUCGAAGAUCAAGGACAUUAACUCACCCACAGACAGCAGAAAGACUGUCCUCCACGGUUGAGACUGUGACAGUGAGAAGCAGCGCUGACACUGAUGCUGAGGACAUCUGUUUGACACACUCGUCCCCUCGAAGAUCAAGGAUGAUUACUCAUCCUCAGACAGCAAAAGAACUAUCUCCAGCACUGAGUAUGUGACAAUGAGAAGCAGCAGCAAUGGAAAUGAUACUAAAGCUACCACCACGACAAGGAGUUCCGCCUCUGCCGAGGAUGACCUGUAUGACACCCUCUUGCCUAGAUCCAUCACAAAUGCAUCCAGUCUGUCUUCUUCUGCCAGCAGCAGCAGCAGCAGCAUCUCAAAGAGAGAGAUCAUCACAAUUGAGAGCAGCAGAGGAGUCUCAAGCCCAGUCUCUUUGCCAUCCUCCACCCACAGGACCUCCAGCUACAGCUCGUACACUGAUGAUCUUCCCUCCACCCGCACCUCCUCCUACACCAUCAGCAGCACACCCAGUGUUUGCACACACAGUGACGACAACAUCAGCGACAAAACCUUCUCUUACUCCAAACCAAACUCCAGUUAUGAGUACACCAGUAUCUCCAGUCCAACCUCCUACUCCUCCAAAACAUACAGGAGCAGCAGCAGGUCAGAUGACGUGACAGAUUCAGUCCUUUACUCAUCCUCCGUAAAGAGUGUGUAUGCAGCUCCUGAGAGAACGGUGCUUGAGAAAGACCUGUGCAGCUACUGCCGUAAGCCCUUCACUGGUGACGCCAAGAUGGUCCUGGAUGACAUGAAGAUCAACUGCCACACCACCUGCUUUAAAUGCGAGGUGUGUAACAGCAAUAUGGGCUAUAUGAAAGCUGGGGACAGCAUGUGGAUCUACAAACACAUGGUGCACUGUGAAAAUUGCUUCGAUGUCACCAGAGAAAAAUGGCGUCGCUGAAUUUCCCCCUAAGCCUUCCCUGGAGAUGAAGCAUCUAUGAUUUAAAGAGAAAAACAUAUUGCUGUUAAUCAAUACCUUUUUGGUGAUGUGGGAUCUUGUGUUUUUAGUUUUUACAAGCUGAUAAAAGCUUUAUCUUGGUGUUUUGACAAAUGACAGUUACAUAUUGAAUAUACCUUUUUUUAGUAACAUACACUUGCAGCUAGCUGUUACUAUAUUGUUGACAUUGUGAUAUUGCUGCCUCUGUAUCUACUACUUUCACAAAUUUAAAUUCUCUGCAGCCUUUAAGCAGACUCUUGUGUGAAACAUGAAAUAAGAUAAUGCAAUAUUUAGGGCCGGGGGAUUUUUCUGUGUGCAAUAAAGACAAUCAAUAUAGCUUUGUCUA